AUGGGCAAGCUCCCCGCCGAAGCAUUGGCCCCCGAUGCCUUAACUACGGAAUCGGAUAGCGUCACCGGCGAAAAAACGGCCGGCGCGCCCUCCAUGUCCCACGCAAGCGGCCUCGAUGUGGCCACGGACGCGGGCCCCGGGAGCAUUGAAAGCGCCGGGUGGGACAUAGCUGCCACCCGCAAGCUCAUCCGCAAGGUCGACCUGACACUUAUCCCAUUUCUUGCUUUACUCUAUCUCCUCUCAUUUUUGGAUCGCACCAACAUUGGCAAUGCCCGCUUGGAUUCUCUUGAGGACGAUGUGGGUAUCGACAAGACGGGACUCCAAUAUAACGAUGCCCUGGCCAUCUUCUUCCCGUUUUAUGUUGCCGCCGAGAUUCCGUCCAAUAUGGCCAUGAAGAGGUUCCGGCCGUCGGUUUGGAUCCCCAGUAUCAUGGUCGCCUGGGCCGUGUGCACCACACUGAUGGGAAUUGUGCACAACUACCCGGGCCUGAUGGCGUGCCGGUCUGCGCUGGGUCUUGCCGAGGGCGGUCUUUUCCCGGGUAUCACAUAUUACAUUACAAUGUGGUACCGUCGUCAUGAGUGUGGCCUGCGUAUGGCUAUCUUUUUCUCGGCUGCUACUGCGGCUGGUGCUUUUGGCGGGCUCCUUGCCUUUGGGAUUAUAAAGAUGAGGGGGCUGGGGGGCCUUAACGGCUGGCAAUGGAUCUUUAUCCUUGAGGGUCUCUUGACCUUUAUCAUUGCCAUUGUUGCCUUCAAGGUGAUGCAAGACUAUCCGGCAACAGCUAAGUUCCUGACCCCAGAGGAGCGUGCCGAAGUGCAGGCACGUCUGAGGCGUGACCGCUCCUCGUUGGCGGACGAGUUUGACCUCAGAUAUCUGUGGGAUGCCCUGCGCGACUGGAAGAUUUGGGUUCACAUGUUCAUCACCAUCGGCGUGUACACCGGCUUAUACUCGUACUCGCUCUUCCUGCCGACCAUCAUCAACGAUCUUGGCACGGCCAACAGCCGUGAGAUGGCCCAACUGUUGACCGUCCCUCCUUAUGUCGUGGCCUGCGUGUUUUGCGUAAGCGCGGGCUGGUGUGCUGAUAAGAUGGGUCAGCGUGGCAUUUUCAUGAUUGGGUUCAUGGUGGUUGCAAUAAUUGGCCUUAUCAUGCUUAUGGCUAGCUCAUCCAGCGCGGUCCGGUACACGGGUUGCUUCUUCCUGGCUACGGGUAUUUACCCUAACGUCCCCAUGGGUGUGGCAUGGAACGGCAACAACAUUGGCGGCUCACUCAAACGCGGCGUCGGGAUCGCCAUGCACGUUGGUUUCGGAAACCUUGGUGGCACCGUCUCGGCCUACCUAUUCCUCGCCAAGGACAAGCCGCGAUACAUGCCCGGCUUCGGCACUUUGCUCGGCUGUCAGGUCAUGGCUUUGAUUCUCUCGGUGUGGAUGACGGUGUAUCUACGCCGGGAAAACGCCCGCCGUAACCGCGAGUACAAGCCCCCGAGCGAGUACACGGAGGAAGAGAGGGCGACGGAGCGUGAGAAGGGCGACGACGCAACCUUUUUCCGUUACACGGUGUAA